CCGAAAUGCAAGCGAUUGUGUCCCAGAAUGCUUCAACCUCUACGCAGCAGUAUAUUAAGCUCCAGUGCUCCUCUACUCCGUCCUCUUGCUCCUACUUCAAUCUCGAAGAGGAUUUGUAGCACAAUCAGACUUUCUGCUCGAACAAUGUGCAACGACGCUUCAGCUAGCAUACCUACUCCGCCGGUGGCGAAGAAGGUGAAGCACGAGAUGGAGCUUUUCGGCGACGUGAGAGUCGACAACUACUACUGGCUCCGCGACGACCAUCGCUCUGAUCCUGAGGUUCUCUCUUAUCUCAAGGAGGAAAAUGACUACACUGAUUGCGUCAUGUCUGGUACAAAACAAUUGGAAGAUGAGAUUUAUGCUGAGAUAAGAGCAAGAAUCAAGGAAGAUGACAUUUCAGCACCUAUAAGACGGGGGCCUUAUUACUACUACCAAAGGACGCUUCAAGGCAAGGAAUAUGCCCAACACUGUCGACGCCUUGCACCCAAUCAUGAAGCUUCAUUAUCUGUUCAUGAUACCAUGCCUACAGGACCUGAUGCCCCACCAGAGCAUGUAAUCCUUGAUGAGAAUGUCAAAGCUCAAGGCGAAGAAUUUUAUAGUAUCAGUGCUUUUAAAGUAAGUCCUAAUGGUAAGUUGGUGGCAUAUGCUGAAGACACAAUAGGAAAUGAAAUAUAUACUGUUCAUAUUAUUGACAUUGAAUCUCGAGCACCAGUUGGAGAGCCUCUUGUUCGUAUGACAUCAGAACUCGAGUGGGCAGGUGAUGAGGCCCUAGUUUAUGUCACAAUGGAUGAAAUUCUUCGGCUUGACAAGGUGUGGCUGCACAGGUUGGGAACAGACCAAGCUCAUGACACCUGCCUUUAUCAUGAAAAGGAUGACAUAUUUUCAUUGGAUCUUCGGGCAUCUGAGAGCAAGAAAUAUUUGUUUGUAGCAUCCGAGAGUAAAACUACAAGAUUUGUGUUCUAUCUAGACAUUUCAAAACUUGAUGAUGGAUUAUUAGCUUUGACACAUCGAGUAAAUGGAAUUGAAACAUAUGUUAGUCAUCGUGGAAAUCACUUUUUUAUCCAGAGGAAGAGUGAUGAAUGUUUUAACUCAGAAUUGAUUGCAUGCCCUGUGGAGAAUAUAUCAGCAACAAGUGUUCUUCUUCCUCACAGGCCAAGCAUAAAGAUCCAGGAAAUGCAACUUUUCAGUGACCAUCUUGCUGUUUACGAGCGUGAAAAUGGUCUGCCUAAAAUAACUGUAUAUCGCCUUCCUGCUGCUGGGGAGCCACUGGAAGAACUUCAAGGUGGUAGGGUUGUUGAUUUUGUUGAUCCAAUAUACUCCGUGGAUCCAUCAGAAUCACAGUUUUCAUCCAGCAUUCUAAGGUUUUUCUAUAGUUCCCUAAAAACUCCUCCUUCUGUAUAUGACUAUGACAUGGACACAGGAGUUUCUGUUUUGAAGAAGAUUGAUCCGGUAUUGGGUGGAUUUGAUUCAUCAAAUUAUGUGACUGAAAGGCAACAGGCUACUGCCUCAGAUGGCACUGAAAUACCUAUAUCAAUUACUUAUAAGAAGAACCUUGUGAAGCUUGACGGUUCAGAUCCACUUCUUCUUUACGGUUAUGGGUCAUAUGAGGUUUGCAUUGAUCCCUAUUUUAAGGCAUCAAGAUUGUCCUUGUUGGACCGAGGGUUCAUUUAUGCAAUUGCUCAUAUUCGUGGGGGUGGUGAAAUGGGGAGACAGUGGUACGAAAAUGGGAAACUGCUGAAGAAGAAAAAUACUUUCACAGAUUUUAUUGCUUGCGCAGAGCACUUGAUUGAAAAGAAAUAUUGCAACAAAGAAAAGCUUUGCAUCAAUGGUAGAAGUGCUGGAGGAUUGCUAAUUGGUGCUGUGCUCACUAUGCGCCCUGAUUUAUUUAAGGCAGCUGUUGCUGAAGUGCCUUUUGUAGAUAUUUUAACCACAAUGCUUGACCCAACUAUUCCUCUAACAACUUCUGAGUGGGAGGAAUGGGGUGAUCCUCGUAAAGAAGAAUAUUAUUUCUACAUGAAGUCAUAUUCUCCUGUUGAUAAUGUCAAGCCACAAUGUUACCCAGCUAUUCUUCUUACAACUGGUUUAUAUGAUCCACGUGUUCUCUACUCGGAACCAGCAAAAUUUGUAGCCAAGUUGAGGGAUAUGAAGACUGAUGACAAUAUGCUAUUGUUCAAAUGUGAAUGCAGUGCUGGGCACUUUUCAAAAUCAGGAAGGUUUGAAAAGCUCAAGGAAGUUGCCUUCACGUAUGCUUUCAUUUUGAAGGCUUUAAGCAUGAUUCCCUCACCAGGCUCCAAGACCAACUGAUAAAGUUACAUUCGCCAUUCGGGGAUACUAUCUUAGGGGGUGUAUUCCAUCAUAACUUUCAUAGAAUUUUAAAGACUUUUAUAAACUUUAAAAGUUUGGAGGUAUUCAAUUCAAACUUUUAGAAAGUAUUUAAAAGUCAUGCGGUAUUCGAUCAA